AUGCCCGUCACAGACCUCAACCAUGGUUCUGGGAAGAGAAAGCCCAGCGAAACACUCUCCAAAGAUGUCCAGCCCCAAAAGCGAUCUCGAAGCGACGACAACAAGACCCAGUCACCAGUUCUUGUAGCUCCUCACGAAUCUAUCAUCGCUGAGCUCAAACCCAAGUACGACAUCCUGCCUGCGUCAGUCAUCUCGUCGACACAAAUCAAGAAACGGAUCACAUAUAUCACUAGUCAUCUGCUUGCCCAAGGCGAUCGACCGAGCGUUGCGCUGCUGUAUGCGCGAACCGCCGAUGUUUGCAAGCUUAUUACAGUGGUGGAAAAAUGCAAACGGGUUCUGAGUGAGGAAGGGAAGUCAUACCACCAGUACAACCAGCUAUUCGACCAACCAGACCGACCGAAAAAGAAAGAUAUCAUUGAGGAGACAAUACUUGAGAGGAGGGUGGAAGAAGACAACGAUUCCGACAGUGAUGAUUUCGAAGUCAUGCACAGCCGGUUCGAAGACGCUGUUUUACCUCGCCCUUCCUCAAGAUUGGUGAAAUCCAUGCGAGUUUUUCUUUCUAUUACUCCUAUACAGGAGCUGAAGUCAAGGGAUGGGAUCACGGUUCAGUCUGGCGCUGCAAAACAGACGUGA